GUUUCGUUCUCAAUGCAUCUAUGCAGUCUAUGGUAGCAUGGACGUUACACAUGAGGACAAGUGGAUAACCAAACACACAAAAUAUGGAUUAUUUUAGUGGAAAACUCUGCGGAAAUAAGAUUUGAAGUCUGUUUAUUCUAAAUAUAGGUAAAUUGUAGACAAAGGGACGCUGUAUUUAUGGAAAAGUGUUCCAGACGUGGCGGUAUCUGUGAAUUUGAAAUCAGCAUUGUUUUUAUCGAAAGUCUCUUCUGAAAAGCAGUUUCAUUUCACUUGUCGCCUGCAAGCCGAUUGAUUUUUGUGGGUUGUCGAAGACAAAAUGGAAGGUGGAAUCGAAAAAGAUUGUACAGCACUAGGUGGGCUGUUUCAGACUAUCAUAACUGAUAUGAGGGCCAGUUCUGUGGUUUGGGAAGAUUUUACCAGUAAAGCAGCCAAACUUCACACAUCUCUCAAAGCCACACUGGCUGCCAUUGGAGGGUUCCUGGAAGCGUUUCAGAAAGUUGCCGACAUGGCAACAGGGUCGAGAGGUGCUACAAAGGAAAUUGGUUCAGCUCUUACAAGACUUUGUAUGAGACACAAGAGUAUAGAAGCUAAGCUGAAGGCGUUAACAGGGUCCAUAAUUGAUAAUCUAGUCAAUCCAGUUCAGGAACACAGUGAAGAAUGGAAAAAAUCAGUUGCCCAAUUAGAUAAAGAACAUGCUAAAGAGUACAAAAAAGCACGUCAGGAGAUCAAGAAGGCAGCUUCAGACACAAUGAGGCUACAGAAAAAGGUCAAGAAAGGAAAGAAUGAGAUGCAGCUAAAGCUGGACAAUGCCAUGGAAGAUGUUAACAACAAAUACCUGGCACUAGAAAUGGCAGAAAAGAACGCCGUACGCACAGCCCUUAUUGAAGAACGCAGUCGCUUCUGUUUUUUCAUUAGCUACUUGAGGCCCUUUGUUGACCAUGAGGUGAGUUUGCUGACAGAGAUCACACACCUACAGGAGAUCAUGGAGCACCUGUGUAUGCAGUGUAAUGACCCCCACACCCUGCCCCCGGCCAGCGAACAGGUCAUCAUGGAUGUAAAGGGAUUUGAUAGCAGUAGUGUGUGGAACUUCUCACAACAUUCACCCCCGAGCUCUCCGAGUUCAAUAGGAUCGCGUAAAUCCAGCAUGUGCAGCAUCAAUAGUAUUACCUCUUCCUCCAGUGGUUCCAUCAAAUCACACUCUCCCAGUCACCUCAAUCAUCUCAGAAACUCGGCUCAGCUGCUCCCCAGAUUUCGAUUAACAAUACCAAUGGGUACAGCACGAUUAACGAGCGUUUCUUCCCAGGACUCCGGAUUUACAUCACAAGAUACCCUGUUUCUGCGACCUGCUACUCCCACGUCAUUAAAAAUUCGCCAAAAGGAUGCAGAUCAGUUAAGUACAGAUAAUGCUGAUGCAGACUCCCAGUCAUCAACGCCCUCGGACAACACACCGUCUGCUAGCUCCACGUGGACCAACUGGCCAAACCCACCCAACACCAACUCAAAGGCAGAGGACAACAGACCACACACAAUAUCUUCUGCUUAUGAAAAGACUCACAACAGACCAGCCCUGUCUGCCAGUCUCUUUGAACCACCCUCAGAAAUGGCAGAAGAGGAAGACGUUCAGAUGAGGAACAAGAAAAAAGAGAGGUCAAAUUCCUCAUCCAGUUCUGGGUCGGGACACUAUGCCCGACCACAGUCUGCUACCAUCAACAAAAUGCAGCCAGUGUUGCCACCCCUUGCCCCGAAACCAAAGUCCAAGGCAGUGCCACCACCCAAAGUCCCAACACUAGGAGAGGCACCUGCCUAUGUGAACAUGAGUGAUCUCGCAAACAUGGCUGCCAACAAGCGAAGGGAGUCGGAGACUGAUUUAAGUCCACAGCCCGGGUCUACGGAGCUCCCCGAGGACCUGGUGGAAGCAAUGCAACAGUUAGAUAGUGCUACCGCUGCCUUAAACAGCGAGUACGAACAAGAGGAAGAGAAGCACCAAGCCAAGAUGAAAAGAAACACAAUGGAACUAGCGAAGGCAAUACAGGAGCUUGAAGCCAGCACGGCGGCGCUCCAGUCCACUUAUGAUGGAGACAGCAGCACUAGUCAGCACUCCCUGCAGUGUUCCAGUGGUUACGGUACCAUGAACAACACACCAGCUCAUUCACAGGACACAAUAGCCAUGGGAGGAAGUCUCAAGAGACGUUAUGUGCAGACUCUCAGCAUGUCACCUGCUUCAAAAAAGUCUUAUUUUGAUCAUAAUACUUCAGAAUGCAUAUCUGGCAAUGAAAAAUAUUUCACCAUCCCUCGUAAUUCAGAAAUAGGGAAUAUGUUCAGAGCUGAAAUGCAGGCUAAGCGGCCGGCCUCCACUGCAGGUAUCCCUGUGUCCAGACAGACAGGUGCCCCUAUCACACGCCGCAGUUCCAUGAACACUCCAAAGCCACCGCCCCCUGUCAGACGCUCCUCCUCUAUCACCACAGCAAAUCCACAAACUCUACAGCGACUCAGAAACACUCCCCCUAGACAACUUCAGUCAACUUCUCAUGGUCAGGAUUCGGACCCAAAUCGUACAUCGCUACAUCGCAGAAGUAACAGUUCAGGGGGAGAACCAGCAUACGCUGAAUUACAAACAAUUCAAAUGAGUAUUCAUGCUCGGCAACAGUUACAGUACCAACCUGAGGCCAGUCCAUACGCUUCAGUUGACACACAGCAGAUAGCUUACUCAGCCCCUCCAACUCCCUCCCAGUAUGGGAAUAGAUCUAUGCCACCAAGUGGACAUUAUCAGCCCUCCAGUGUUAAUCAGGCAGAACUAAUGCAGAAGCUGAAUGCCCAGUUCUCAGCACUGAAUGCUCCCUAUCAUCAGGCGGAUGAUAGUCUCCCCCCGCCCCCACCAGAACUAGUCCAGGUAGACCCCGAGUUACCUCCCCCUCCCUCAGCAGCAGAACUGGAGGAGAUGGAGAAAGUGUACAGCACCCCUGCUGUACAGCGACCUCCCCCAGUAAACCCUAAACCAGCUCACCCAGGGGCAGAUCCCAGUAGACUAAGGGCUUCGUUAGUGUCAGAACUAAAAGGAUUACGUAAAGUUUCUAACAGUGAAAAUGAUUCCGAGUGCUGACAGAUACCAAAGGAAAGUUGGAAACAGGCACUCUAAUGAUAUUGAAGACAACAAAAGACAAAUGAUUUAUUCUAUGAUUGUUAUUUUAUGAACAGAUCAUGUAAACAGGACAUGUAAUGUUCUUAAACAGACACUCUUAUUUUACGUGUAUUAACUGCUGUAAGUAAUUUGCCAUUGUAAACAUCAUCACUGUUUUUUUUAGUCUGUUUUUAACUUAUUUUUAAUAAAGUAGUAUUUGACUUGGGAUAAAGUCAUUGUGAUAUGAAGGCAAUUAUUAAUCAUUUUUGUUUUUCAUUUCCAUUUUAGGUACUUGUAUGUUUUGUUUGUUUACUGUGGUGCAAUUACUGACUAAACAUAGCUUUUUCAAAACACACCAUUUUGAUUUGCAUAAUAUAUAAUUUUCGUUAUUACGUUUUUACAAACAUAAAAUGUUAAGAUGUUCUUGUAAUAAGCAAGCUUUAUUAACUUGCAGACUUAACAAAACUUUCCUUAGUUUCAGCUGAUUUCCUACUAAAAAAUAACUUGUGACAUUUGUGUUGAAGGUAAAGUUUGCCUAUCCCUGCAUUUAUUAACUAUUAACGUCAUAUUCAGUAAGAAUAGUUUGUCUUCUUCACGUUUUCUUGUGUGCCAACAAUUGUACAUUAAUGCCAUUGGUUUUGUAUAUUCAUUGAUCUUCCAGAACAAUCUCAUCAUGUUAUAUAUUAGCAUCAGGGAAAACUGUUGAAAUUACUGAUCACAUAAAGAGAGGGUGUACAGGGAUGCGGUGUGUGAGUUUUGUUUGUGUGACGUGAAUGUGUGGUCAAUCAUUUCAUCCCAGAAUAGACAAAUCCUCACACUUCAUGGUUCAACAAUACAUAGUGCAAUUUUCAUGUAGUGCAAGUCUUAUUUAGUAUUCAUUUUACCGUGUGCUAUUGUUUGUAAUUUUUUUUAAUCUAGUUUUAUCCAACACAGUACAGCAGCUUUCUCUGUUAUAAGAGUUGUAUGCACACCAUCAACAUCACUUUACAUUGUGUUUUAAUUUUCAAUACUUACUUAGACUUGUCAAUCUUGUACAUGUAUAACGUAAUAAGAAUGAAGAUACAAAUGUAAAGCUUGCCACCAAGUGUCGUAUUAAUCUUUACAACUUCCUCUGCAAGACAAUAUUCAUUAUAUAUGAAUCUUCAUUGGAAGCAAUAAUUUGAAGGAUUAAUCCUGAUGAUAGCAAUAAAACAGAAAGUAAGCAGAUUACCACUUGUAUCAAUGUUAUUAUAAUCAGUUUGUUAAAUUCUGUCAUAUUUACUAUUUUUACAAACAGGUGGUACUGAUUAUAUUGCUAGUAGCUUGUGAUGUCAUGUUGUCGGUAAAUGUUGAUAACAGUUAGGACAAUUCUUGAUAUGUUGUGCAUAUAAAAUGCUGGAAUAAAAAAAAAUGUGUAAA